AUGGGAGCUUGCAGCAGAGUGGAAAGGUUAGCUUGGGCUCCAACCUGUCGUCUGGAAGGAUCAAUCUGCUUUGCAAACAUGGCGAUUGCUAUGCUUGAACCAGCAUUACCCAUUUGGAUGAUGGAGACAAUGUGUUCAAAAAAAUGGCAACUUGGCGUUGCUUUUCUUCCAGCUAGUAUCUCUUAUCUCAUUGGGACUAAUCUUUUUGGGAUACUCGCACACAAAAUGGGAAGGUGGCUUUGUGCUUUACUCGGGAUGCUAAUCGUGGGAAUAAGUAUUUUAUGCGUACCGUUUGCUAAAAACAUUUAUGGGCUCAUAGCACCAAAUUUUGGAGUUGGAUUUGCCAUUGGAAUGGUGGACUCCUCCAUGAUGCCAAUUAUGGGUUACCUUGUAGAUCUGCGUCAUGUAUCAGUCUAUGGUAGCGUGUACGCAAUAGCUGAUGUUGCUUUUUGCAUGGGCUUCGCCAUAGGUCCCUCUGCUGGUGGUGCCAUUGCAAAGGCCAUUGGAUUUCCAUGGCUCAUGACAAUUAUAGGGAUUGUGGAUAUCCUCUUCGCCCCCCUGUGCUUUUUCCUUCGAAGUCCACCUGCCAAAGAGGAGAAAAUGGCAAUACUCAUGGAUCACAACUGUCCGGUGAAGACAAAAAUGUACACCCAGAACAACAUCCAGUCCUACCCCAUAGGUGAUGAAGAAGAAGAAUAUGAAAGCGAUGAAUAA